AUGCGUGGUAACCAAAAUCCCCGCCCAUCCCACCCUUCGGCUGAUGGCCAUGUUCCUGCACUUCCCCAACCCCAAAACCGAGUGGCUCUUACCCCUCCCCGCACAACCCCCACCUCCACCACCCCAUCCUCACCACCACCACGUCCCACCGUUUCACCUGCCCUCUCCAUCUCUACAGACCACCUUUGUACCUUUCAAGCUGCCAUAGACAGCCUCUAUGACCGAAAUGAUGCCUUACACACCCAAUAUGAGGAACUACAUCACCCAAUUAACUCCAUUGCACGGAGCCAGGCCUUCAUGGCCCAACAGAACGCAGCGUUCCAGAAUGUGCUGCUCAACCAUUGGGGUGCUUCUCCACCACCACCAUUUUCACCCACCGCUGUUCCAGUUUCCACACCUUCUAAAACUCUGGGUUUUCCCAUCUACCACCACCAACCACAACCCAUGGCAGCAGCGACACCCCCUACUCCCUCUCUGUUACCUCUCUCUUUUGGUACUUACACUCAUCUCCCCACCACUCCACCCCUUGCGACCCCACACAAUACACAAGUCAUGUUCACCCUUUCACCAUCAUCCUCUGCUCACCCCCUACAAAUGGGCACUCCACAUGUUUCUCUUCCAUCUACCUCCCACCGCCGACCACCCUACCAACCACCACCACCAUCUCCACCACCAAAUUUCCCUCCCUACCAACCAGCAGACCAACCCCCUCUGCCGCCACCACACCUACAACACCCUGACCAUUCUUAUCGCCCACCAAAGGUUGAGCUACCGCGGUUCAAUGGUGAUGAUGUGGACACCACUGUGUGGGUGAACGCCUUCGAACUCCGCCACCCUCAUGCCACCUGGGAUGAGUUCGUGGCCGCCCUCACGGCUCGAUUUGGCGCUGGCACCAUUUCAGACAUCAAGGGUGCGCUUUCCCACCUAAAGCAGACCUCUAGCGUCGAUGAAUUCAUCUCGGCCUUUCCCAAACUCUCCUGUCGCGCCCCUGACUGGCCGAACAGUGAACUAAUACACAUGUUCAUUGUCGGACUACGAUCCGAAUUGCGCCAUGACAUACGGGCCCUCAACCCCCACACUAUUGAAGAGGCACAACGCCUUGCGCGUCUCUUCGAAGCUCGAAACCUGGAGCUCCGCUCUCCUCCGCCAUUUCGGCGCCCAAAUCCGCCUUCCACUUACAAUAAACCGCAAUUCCCCUCUUCAUCUUCCCACACCAACCCCAACUCCCUUCCUCGACCCCCACCUCCUAACAACAACCCAUUUCCACAUUACACACCUCGCCCGAACAAUUUUCGUACCCUUAGCCCUGUGGAGCAACGCGACCGCCGCGCUAAGGGCCUUUGCUUUGGCUGUGAUGAAGCUUGGCAUGAUAAACAUGUGUGCAAACAACCUCUCCUCUCCAUUCUGGCCCCCGAGUCAGAGGAGGCGCUAGUGGAGGACACCCUUCCCCCCUCACCGCCACUAGAAUCAGCAGAGGAAACCACCCCGUCUAUCCACUCCAUGCUAUCACCCCUACCAAGUUAA